AUUUAAUUUGUAUCUUGUUGAUUACAAACCGAGCGAAGUACGAAGCUCGGCCCCACGCAUACAAUCCCCGCACGUUAUCGGUUUUAUUCAAGUCUAGAGUUAGUCAGUCAAAACAGAAAAACCGGGACGGACGGACAUAGCGCAAAUCGUUGGAAUUCCUUUCGUCCGUUGUCCGAUCGAAACCUUGCAUUUGCCGUUUCUCAGAAAAACAACCAGGCUGGCUUCAACACCAAAACACGCGAGGCAGUUGUUGUUGGUGCAGUUGGUAGUGGCAGGUGUUUUCCCCCAACUCCACCCCGAAAAAAAAUUCACUACGAGAGAAUCAUUUGAGCGCGGGCUGUGGCCCGUUUUUGGGAGGGGUUGUAAAAAGUGUAAAUAAUCAAGAAAAUAUGUGCUCUUCCGAUGUGAUUUCGGGAUAUUUAGAUGUCAAAAUAUCCGCGAGGAAACGUCGUGGAUUCACACCGUGGAAAGCUUGGCAAAAACAAUGGUGUGAAAUCAAAAGGUUGGAUAAUAUCGAAAAUGGUGUUGAAUUAAAAUUUAAAUCAUCAGCCGAUGGAUCUGUAAUUAGCAAUGUGGUUUUACCAAGGUCUUCGACCCUUUGCAGAACAGAUUCGCGAACGAAACAAUACGCUUUUGGUGUGUUUACUUUGGGAAGAAAUCAAAAACCUUUAUUGUUUUUAUCUGGAAGCAGCGAAAGCGACAGUCAACUUUGGAUGGCUUCAAUCAGACGCUUGUUGUGUGUUGCAACUUAUUUACCUGUUGGAGAUUCCAAUUUUCAUGUCUCCAUCAUUGAUAAUGCUCAUUCAAGAGCAGCCGGUUUAAUUGGGAUUCAUGGAGUUUUAGGGACUAACUCCCAAGAUAUGGUUAUAAGUGAUCCAUGCACUGGGGAACCUAAAAUAAGUUGGAAAUGGUAUCAAUUUCAUCAAUUUCACUUACAAGCACCUUGUCAUCCAAACGAUGAAAAAACAAUUUGUGUUAUGCAUACAAGCACGGAAUUUGUAGCCGGUCCUGGUCAAUUAUACAUUUACUGUAAAGAAUCGCCUAGACUUCUCAAUUACUUAGUUGGUAGAGGUAAAUGCCCCAAAUACAGCCCAGGUUUUUUAUCAUCGAGACGUUUGAGUCGUAGCGAAGGAGAUCUUUGUGAUUCCACCUCCAAAGACGUCCCCGAUAGCCCAAUUUGUUUCAGAAGUAAUAGUGGAAGUGAAGAUUCAGGAGUUAGAGUUUCAAUGACUUCAGAUGACUUUUCUAUCAAAAGCAGGAUGGGGUCAAGCUUAUCUACGCUAGGAAUGGCUUUAAUCACAAAAACGCCGGGUGGAAGUGAAACAAAUGGCGAAUCUCUGCAAGAUCUUUCAAUAACAAGUGAUACAAAUACUUUAACAAGGCGCGAAUCUGGGAUUUCUUUAGCUUCAGGGGUUUAUGAAGAGAUUCCAGAUGUUCCAAAUGGUGCUGUUAAGGUCAAUAGUGGUGAUUUUUCACAUCACGUUUAUGAAAAUCCACUAGAUGUUAUUGAUCGGUUGGAGAAGCAUCAAAAAAUUCCUCCUCCACCAUUACCACCAAGAGUUUUCGAUCGUAGUUUUACAUUAGAAAGAGAUAGAAAUAUUGAUAAAAACGCACAAACUUCAACGCCUUAUAAGCAUCGCUGUAACACAUUACCCGCCAAAGAUUUGGCUAGGAUAUCACAAAUAUUUACAAAUGAAUCAGAAUACAUGGUCAUGAGUCCCAAUAAGGGGAAAAUAACCGAGAAAAUUGAGUGUCAUUAUGUUCCAAUGUCGCCCAUUGUUAAUUUAAAAACGAAAAUUGAAAGUUGUUACAUGGUGAUGAAUGGAAAAAAGAAUUGAAAAGGAUUAGAUAAGAAAUGAAAUUGAGUUGAUAUUAAUAAUGAUCAGAAACCAAAAAAUAACCCAAAAAUUUCACUUUUGCCAGUUGUUUUAAUUAAUUUAUGAAUGUAAAAUAGGACAGACUCAAAAAAUGGGGUUUAUAUAAUUUUAUGUGUGUAUAAUAACCUAAUACUCUUAGUAAACAAAUAGGAGUCGUUUUGGAAGAAUAAUUCUUGAUUAUUAUUAAUUAUUAUAUAAUAAUGUAAAAUUAUAUACAACUGAUUGUGAGUGUGAUGUCUGUUUAGCUUUUAACAAGUGUUCAAUAAAAAAAGUAACAAUUUUAGAGUGCCCAAUUUGAGAUAAAGUAUCAAAUAAAAUUGCGGAAAAAUAAACUAAGCUCUUCAAAUCAUUUUUUUUUUAUUGAACGCUAUAUUUUUAAGAUCACUUUCUAUUUAUAUAGAUAAAUUUUUAGGAAAAUUUUUCGAAUAUCACAAGACUGAAUUGAAUCUUAAAAAAGAAUCGGUCAUUUAGAAUAACUUAAAAAGAAAAAAGAAACAAAACGAUAUUAUCGAGUCAUAUCAAGUAUUUGUCACAAAAAAAAUCAUCAAUUAUCAUAAAAAUAUCGAUGUUCAUGUAGUGCCAUAAUGUGUCUGUUUUAAUUUUUAUUUAAAACGAAAAAAAAUUAAAACAAAAAAUUCGAUAAGGCUUCAAAUUUUAAAAUUAUCUAAAUUUAAAAGUACAAAAACGUUUUGCUCAAUUUUUAAACGUAAACCAAAAAAAUCGGCGAUUUAAAUUACGAAGAUAAGCAACUCGAAAUUUUCUUUAGAUGAAAAGCCUUUACUUGCCUAAUUAAAAUUAUUGAUAUAAAGCACAACUUUCACAUCUUUUUUUUUGAGAAAUAAGUUUUAUUUAUUCCUCUUUAU